GAGUGCUGAAAGGCUCAUCUCUCGGCUGCCCACGAUGCAGAUCUCUCGGGCUGCGUGCUCUGUCUGUGUCCUGAUCCAAAUUGCCUUUCGCUUAGUGGAAGGAUGGCAAGUUUUUAAGAAUGAUGCUACAGAAAUCAUCCCAGAACUCACUGAAAAUACGGAAACACCGAUGGAGCAGGCUUACAGCAACAAUAACAACACAAUGAACCAGGCAAAACAUGGGGGAAGACACCCACAGCAGUCUCUGGACCCUAAUGAUGCUUCAGAUUUUAGCUGCAGAGAGCUGCGCACCACCCAUUAUGUCACUGAUGGGGCCUGCCGCAGCAUCAAACCCAUCAAGGAGCUAGUCUGCUCAGGCCAGUGUGUCCCCUCCCACCUCCUCCCUAACUCCAUUGGUAGAGGAAAAUGGUGGCGCCAAAAUGCUUUGGAUUACCACACUCGCACUCAGCGCAUCCAGCUGGCCUGUCCCGGGGAGGAGACUCGGACUUACAAAUUCCGAGCUGUCACCACAUGCAAAUGUAAACGCUACACUCGCUACCACAACCAGUCUGAGCUCAAGGACUUUGGGAAGGAAACCAUCAGGCCUCAGAAGAACAAGAAGCCUCGUCUCUCCCGAGCCAGGAGUAGCAAAUCCAACCAACCUGAGCUAGAAAAUGCAUAUUAGAAGGCCCUCUCUGAGAUAUACAGC